AUGUGUUGCUGUUUCUCCAGAGUGGUGACCGUUCUGGAGCGCUGUCAGCAGCAGCUUAUCCAGUACUACAAGGCCACAACAAGUACCAUCCCUGCACACCCCUUAGAUCCUUCCAGGACCGUGGCUAUUGAUCAGUUCUUUUCUGAAUUAGAACUCACUCAGGAAUUAGAAGGUAAUGAGACGACACAAGAACCCAUUCAUUUACCAGAGGGGACACGGAAUUUAGAUAAAGUUAGAACAAAGCCUCUAGACUCUUGGGGAGACAUGUUUAAAGAUGUAGUCGGAAAGCUCAGGAUCCUUCUUUCAGGAUUGGCAGGAUUUGGCAAGUCAACUCUUUUAUUGAGAGUUGCAAAUGCGAGUACUGAUCCGAAUUCCGUGAUGGCUAAGUUCAAACUUGUGUUCCUGGUGAAGUUGAGGGAUAUGCAACAGACAAGUUGCGUCCUUGAGGCCAUACGCGACCAAAUUUUACCAAACUUUAAGAAGGCAGUUUUGAAGAAACUUAUUGAUGAUAACGAAGCGGAUACAGCUUUCCUACUGGACGGAUUAGAUGAGAUUCCUCUCGAUGUUCUGAAUUCUCCAGCACCUGAAGGUGGCUAUGGGGUCAAGGAUAUCUUGCAUAACAAGGUGCUGACACGCAGCACUGUCUUAGUAUCAACUCGGCCACACAUGGUUGAUUUUGCCAUCAAGGAAUACCCGCACUACGCCCACGUUCGAACACUGGGCUUCACGAUCGAAACUGCAAAGAAAUACAUAACAUCCUACUUUGCUAACAAAUAUGACGCAAACAAAAGGUUAUUAUUAAUUUCACACAUAAUGUCCAGCUCAAUGAUGCGCACACUGGCCCAGAUUCCAAUCAUUGUACUCUUCCUGUGCGUAGUUUGGAGAAAUCUGUCGAGAUUGCCCGAGAAAUUAACGGAGCUAUACACAGAGUUUGCUAGGGCUCUAGUCAGUCGCCGUCGCAAUGAAGGCGAGGAUGAGGUGGAGUUGAUGCAAUCAGUCGUGUGUGGACUGGGGCGAGUCGCUCUGAAUGGGUUACUAGACCCCAAAGGGGAAAGGCUGGUGUUCUCCUCCGAGGAAUUUGAUGAGAAUGACUUAACACAGGAUGGUGUUCGAUUGGGUUUCCUUCAACAAGAAAGUUUCACGAGUGGCUUGAGGGAGAUAGAAGUAGUAACAUUCUUACACAAGACCAUCCAAGAAUUCUGUGCAGCAAACUACUUUGCCAAUCUGCAUCACCAACCACAGGAGUUCCAUGAGAGGUUGCAGCAGAUCAAUCCAGACAAUGUCCGUGCAAUGGAAUAUCUGCUUCGGUUUGCAUGCGGCAUAUCGUCGGGGUCUGCGGCUACUGGGCUCAUCCUGGAGCACGUACAACAACAACGUAACAAAGGAAGAUGGCGUGACGAGGUUACACUGCAGAAUCUGGUACGCCUGAUGUUAUUUGAGUCUGGUUCCGACGAAAUGGCUGAUAAACUAGACCGGCCAGAUGACGCGGCAUGUAAUAAUCAGGAGGAUCUGUUAGCGAUGCGCUAUUACUUGCAGUGUCUCCGUAAGCCACUAGUAGAACUUACGAGCUUCACUUUCCUCAGCAGUUCGCAUGACGAAUUGGUGCUGCUGAAGGAUAUUAAUGAUCAACUGCGUGGCCACACUGCAAUACAUCCUGAUUUUCUUAUCACUUGUAGAUCGCAAGAAGACCUGAAGCUGCUGAGGGAGAUACUACUGAAUUAUAACAUCAGGCCUGACACAGGAUUUGUGGCACUGAAACCGUUCAGAGUCACUUACAUUAUGUCUGAACAAGCGACCGAGGAGGUGCAGACCUUAGAAGAAACACUUGAAGGGAUGGAUGAGAGGCUUCGUGGUCAAAUUGAGCUCCAUCUGGAGAUUAAUGAGAUGUCUCACUUUGACGAUGAGCGUUUGUUAGGAUCCCGUGUAUGCAAUCAGAUCGAGGAAGUCAAACUGCGUAAACGAACGUAUAAAGACGUCCGUAGAUUAGAGAUCGCACUAUAUGGAUAUGAUGGGUUGGAACGCUUAACUGUGUCCGAUACCAACCUCCACGGAUUUCUUUUUAUUAUGGAUUUUCUUGCUCGUUGGUCUUUGUCUUCGUUGACAUUAGACACAUGUGGACUGAAUGACGAUGACCUCCCAGAACUGAUCACAAUCUUGCAUGCUUGGCAACGUUUAAGGUGGCUUGCUGUUCCCGGAAAUGGAUUCAGUAUUUCUGGAGUGGCAAUGCUUACUGCUCGACUCGGGAUACGUCUGCCUCAACUACGGACGUUUCAUCUUGAUUACAGUGGUCCCAACGCAGAAAGUGUCAAGCAGGUGGUCAAGAGAAAUCUUCCAAAUGUCACCUAUGUUUAA